GGGGUUCCCUGGGUUUGGGGUUUGAGGGGUGAUGGUGUGGAUGGUUUGGGAGGGCCCUGGGCUGGGGUUUGGGGGGGUUUCUCUAGUCUGAACUCUUGGGGGUUUCCCUGGUUUGGGGGUUUAGGGGGAGGUGGUGUGAAGGGUCCCUGGGCUGGGGGUUUGGGGCUAGAUCAUGUUGGGGCCCCUGGUGUGGAGGUUUAGGGCAGACCCUGAAUUGGGGUUUAGGGGGAGGUGGUGUGGGGGUCCUGGCUAUGUGAGUUUGGGGAGAUACCCUGGUCUGGGGGUUUAUGGGGAGGUGGAGUUGUAGUCCCUGCUCUGGAGGUUUAGGGGGAGUGCCCAAAUUGGGGUUCAAGGGGACAUGAUGUGGGGGUCCCUGCCCUGGGGGGUUGUGGGGAGGUGAUGUGGAAGGUCCCUGGGGGUUUUUGGGGAUGCUCCAUGUGUCCUGAGCAGAUCUCAUUGAGGUGAGCAAAGCAGGUCCCACCUCUGCACAUCCCUCUGCAGCUCCAGGGGUAAAACCAGCCCCAGACUGGUGCUGCUGGUGGGCAGUGGCCUUGCUGAGGGCUGGGGCUCAGAGUUCAGGGUCACUUGUCUUGUUUUGUGUCCAAUGAAGUUUUGGGUGGUGCUUUUAUAGGAAAACUUGGAUUUUGUGCUUUGCUGCCCCACUUGUGCCACUGAUGCUGGGUCUGCCUGUUCCAGGUUGUGGCAAACACUUGGACAUCUCUUUCUGCAGCGGCUGGAGAACUGUCCUGGCCCCUGGGGACCAGAGGGGACCAUGCAGGUACAGCUGUUCCUCCUGCAUGGUGUUUGUGCCACUGGUGCCACCAGCCAGGCAGCCCCUGCAGCCCCCAGAAUUGCUGUUCCUCCUCAGAAAGAGCAAUUCCCCACAGGGAGCAGGGAAAGGUCUUCCCAGUGGUUCCUCUGAGGAUCUGGGAUAGGGAGGGGCGGUCAUUCCUUGCAAAACACUCCGUGGAGAUGGGGAAAACAAAGCCGCCCCUGUGAAGCAGCUCAGAUCUAUUUGAGAAGAGUUUUCCCUCUGAUUAAUUGUGGGGGUGUGUGUAUGUGCUGGGAAAGGCACUAAUGUUUACUGGAAUUGGGCUAUAAAUGGUUGCUAACUUCUCGUUCCCUGCGUGAUAAAUAUCAUAAUUGAUGCUACAAUAUGUUAACAUUCUGAACAUGAGCUCCUCUUUUCCUAUGGAUUUAUUCUCAUGCACGGGUAGUGUGGAGGGUUUGAAGACACCUUCCUUCAAAGAUUAGGGGAUCUUCACAUCUUUCCUCUGUAUUAGGAGGAGGAUAAGACAUCCUUUUUUAAAAGAAGAGAUGAAUAUCAGCCGGCUUUGGUAUGCAGAAAUAACUUACUGAAAUUGUUAAAUGCAAUUCUUGUCAAAUUUACGGAGCUGGGCUGAACAACUUGUAAUUUUAUUAAAUCCUGGGAAAGUGGUCAACAAACCUGGGAGCUUCCACUUAUCCUGGCAAACUUGUGUUAAAUGGUGAAACCUGUCCUAACACGGCAGAACAUGGAGAAGAAUCCUUCCUCUUAAGCUGUAACUUAUUAAAAAAUAUGUUUUUAGCCAUGUGUGAGCUUAGAGAACAAAAUCAGUUCAGGAAGAGGGGAUUGCAGCACUGUUAAAACUCCCUGUGUCAAACAACUAAUUUUAGACCUGGGCUUUAAAUGUGCCUUUGCAGUAUAUUUUUAUGCUUCAACUCUCUGCUUCAGACCUUCAAAUUUUAUUUGGGUGAUGGAUUUCUGUCAAAAUUGGUCGACAUUUAGCACUAAAGUCAGGCUGAAAUAUGAAUCCAGCACUUUAGGACUCCUUUUAUUUUGUGUGUAGAGCCUGGGGUUCUCAUCCCCCUUAUUAACUCUUGCAAGAGUGUUCAGGUUCAUACUUUUGGAAGAAUGAUUCUGUUGAAGUUUCAUUCCCUCUCCAAGUAGAGAUUGAUUGAUGUAGUGAACCCAGGAGGGAUUUUACAGAUGGUGAAAUUUCCUGUUAAUUAGCAAAUAGCCUUUGGUAGCACAUCCAUUGCUUUUUGCCUCUUGUUUUGGGGUCAUGGGGGUUAUUUCCUUAUGUCAUCACAGAGUCCAAGGGACAGUUUACAGCUUUUUCUCUCCUGUUUCAGUUUUCCUGGUAUUUUGUUUCCAGCUUGUGGAGAUCAGAGGUUUAUGGCUGUGUGUGUCUGCUCUGCAAGCUCUCAGGGUAGGGAUAGGGUUUGGUGGGGCUUUUCAGGGCAGAGCUGUUUCUUUAUGUCCAGGUUCAAUUUCCUUCAGAGGGGACGGCUCAUUUUAGGAGCAAAAUGGGAUUAGGCCAGGUUUUGUAAAGAAAAUAACUGUAUUCUUGGCACCAUGCCUUCCCAGGAUGCGAACAUCCAGAGUCCUUUGAGAUCAAGUUCUGUCUUUUUAUAGAGGAGGAGAUGCUUGACGUUACCUCGGGCUUUGGGAGAGCUGCCAGGUACCCAAUCUGUGCUCCAGUAUUAAUUGCACAUCUCAGAUUCCAAUCACCCCAUUUGCACAAACCUCUGUGUUAUCCUGAUGCUCCCUGCUGGAAAAAAAACCCCUCACACACUGCUGCUGGAGCUGUUGGAUUUGCACAUGGAGGCUUUCACAGAAUCAUGGAAUGGUUUGCGUUGGAAGAGACCUUAAAGCUCAUCUCAUUCCAUGGAAGGGGCACCUUCCGCUAUUCCCAGGUGGCUCCAAGCCCCAUCCAACCUGGCCCUGGACACUUCCAGGGAUCUAGGGGCAGCUCUGGGAAAUCUCUUUGGGGUUUUUUUUUGGGUGGCAUCAAGAAUAAAGCCAAUACCCAGACGCGUGAUCUCUCCCUCCAUUGUUCUCUCCAAAGAUUUUUGUCCCCUCUUUCUAAAACCGGAAUUUCUGUCAGCUCGGGGGGGUCACUUGGCCCCGUUUUCACAGGAGUGGGAGCAGCAUCAUCCUGCCCCCUUGGGAAGCCGGACGAGCCUGCUCGGCAGGGCUGGGUGGCUGGUCCGUGUGAGGCGGCCGUGGGCAGGAGCCGUGUCCCGGAGCUGCGGGCUGCAGGUGGCAGCAGCGCCCUUCCCUUCCCUGCGGCAGCCGGGGAUGCUGCGGCACAGCCCGGCCACAGCGCCAGCCCGGCUCGCUGCUCCAGGAGCACAUCGGCACCUCGCAGCCACACUCUGCGCCUCCCCCGCCUCCUCCCCAACAGGAAUCCGGAUCCUUGGAGAGAGGGGAGGGGAAGAGAAGCCUUUCUGCAUCGCGCAGUGCCAGACAGAGCCCGAAUGAGGAUCACAGGAUGGAGACUGGCAAAGUCCGGAGCCUCUGUAGUGGGACGGGAAGGCAGAGUCUUACAGGAGGAAUGCCAAAGGGUGUGCGAGCAUACAGACAAAUUGCUGGUGGAUGAAUUUCUGGGAAAUAAACCUGGCAAAUUAGAAUUGUUAAAGCAACUGCUGAAAUGGCUGCUGCCACUGAAUUGUCAAAAUAGGGGAGUGCAGAGCUCCUCAGCUAAUUUACACAGCACCAAAGCAAAAAUAAUGGGGUAAUAAUGAGCAGUUAUUGGUCCUGGCUCUCCUCACUCAUUAUCUGAAGUGAAGACGUUUAUCAGGACAGAAUUAAGCUGGCAAGAUGUGCCUGUGACACAAUUACAGUGGGCACUCAGAAGCAGGGGGGAUUUGAGGAAUGGCAAACAGGCAGAAAUAAUCAUCGCUGCAGGAAAGCAGGUGAGGAGGGUCAGGGCUCCUGGAGUGGUGUUUAGGUCACUUAGAAGGGUGAGUGAGGUGGUUUGGGGAGGGGAACAAUGGGAUCUGGCUCACCUGCAGGAGCAGUAAUGCCGUGAGUGGUGUCGAACAUUUGGGUGUGCCUGGGUUUGAAUGUUUUAGUGCCGCUGAUGUUGGGCAGCCUCUCGGCUCCAUAAGCCCUUCCCAAGCUACUCCAGGGAGAAGGGAGACCUUCCCCAAGUGUGCCAAGUUCAUUUGACCCAGACUGUGGGAUCCCAGGACCACUGAGGUUGGAAAAGUCUUGAGGACCGAGUCAAACCUGUGCCCCAUCCCCACCUUGUCACCAGCCCUGAGUACCACAUCCAGGCCUUCCUUGGACACCUCCAGGG